GAGAAAGAGGGGGGUAAAUACACGGAGGGUGGGGGUGAUGGGCAGAGAGAGCGAGAGAGAGCGAGAGGGAGAGAGAGGGAGAGAGAGAGGGUAUAGAGGGAGAGACUGGGCUAAGUGGACAGACCUCACGUUGAGCUCAGCUGAACCUCAGCAUCCUUUUCCCACGUUGGAUCAUUUCACCUCCGCUAAACCACAGAACACACGGUGAUCCUGUGUGCAGCAUGUGCACCGCAUGGAAACGUGCGAGGAAAGCAGGUGAAAUGAAGACACAGUCUGGAGGGAUGACAGGAAAAACCGAGGCAGGUGCGGGAAGAAGGCACGGCGUAAAUAAACCAUCGUAAAACGCCUGCGCCGGAUCAGCCAUUUUUCUCCCGCUGCCCGAGACAAACCGAUCGCUGAGCGUCAGAUAUGGCCGCACACGUUGUGCUUUUUUUCCUUCUGUUCUGUAAAGGGGAAAGAAGUGGCAUUUCGGUGGCUGCUGGCCUUUUGGAGGAAGAUCGGGAACUGCAAGUGACGGAGGGCAAAAAGCAACAAGUUUUACAUCACUCCGAGUCCAUUUACAGCUUUUUCAUGAAAGUCAAAGAUGUGGAAAGGCGUGAUCGGGGUGCAAAGGGUGAUGUAAGAGUCGUGUCAAAUCUGGCCUUUCGACUCGGUGGCAAAAGAACCGACGACUUUGACUCUAAGAACAACACAGAGAAGCAAGCAGACAUCCUCAAACACCCUGGGUCGUCUGCCAAAUCCCUAAUAGCUAAACAUAGCCCCGAAUUCUCUCCGAAACCGGAGGAAAGGAGCAAUUUGACUAAUGGAGAGGUUGAAGGUGUAAUUAAUGACCACGGUCUAGUGCCAAGUUCAAAAGAGGAGCGCGCUCUCCAGCCCGAGCUCUCUUCGGAGACAGGUGUCAGUGACAUUCGGUCUGAGAGGACGAGCUUUAAGUGGGUCACGGAGUCCGAACGUAGCCAUUCGGAGCCGCACCUGCUGCCAGAGGAGCCGCGCUCUCGCCGCCGGAGGAGCUGGCUCUGGAACCAGUUCUUUGUGAUCGAGGAGUACAGAGGGCCCGAGCCUGUGCUCAUCGGACGGCUGCACACAGACAUGGACAAAGGAGACGGUCAGACUAAAUACAUGUUGGAGGGAGAGGGAGUGGGCUCUGUGUUUGUGAUUGACAGCAACACCGGCAACAUACAUGUCACCAAGUCUCUGGACCGGGAGGAGAAAGACCAGUACCGUCUCGUGGCGACGGCCACAGACCGGGACACCGGUCGAGCCCUGGAGCCGUCCUCCGAGUUCAUCAUCAGAGUGCAGGACAUCAAUGACAACCCACCUGUCUUCCCCGAUGAGCCCUAUGUUGCCAUGGUGCCGGAGAUGGCCAACAUAGGCACCUCCAUAAUCCAAGUUACAGCCAGGGACGCAGAUGAUCCAACGUACGGAAACAGCGCCCGGCUGGUGUACUCCAUAUCUCAGGGCCAGGACUUUUUUUCUGUGGAUCCUCAAACAGGCGUCCUGCGCACGGCCGUACCCGACAUGGACAGGGAGGCUCAGGACGAGUACCUGGUCGUCCUCCAGGCCAAAGACAUGGGGGGGCACCUGGGCGGAUUGUCGGGGACCACGACCGUCACUGUGAGGCUGAGCGACGUCAACGACAACCCCCCCCACUUCAGAAGGAGUGCGUGGUCGUUCUCUGUAUCAGAGCUAGCUGCACCAGGUGUGGAGGUGGGCCGGCUCACUGCCACCGAUCCUGACCUGGGAGAAAAUGCACAGCUGGAAUUUUCCAUCCUGGACGCUGAGGAGGCCGAAAUAUUCAAUGUAACCGGAAGAGACAAAGAGGCCGUCAUUGUGCUGAACAAGCUGCUGGAUUAUGAAACCCGCAAUUCAUACACGUUCUCCGUGGAAGUUUCCAACCCUGUAGUGGACGCCAGAUACCUCAGGAAAGGUCCCUUUAAGGACCAGGCGACAGUCCGGGUCAUGGUGCUUAAUGCUGACGAGCCGCCGAGAUUCACCCAGCCUCUGUACCAUCUUGACGUGUCGGAGAACUGCCCCCACGUCUGCUCCGUCGGUCGGGUUUACGCUGUGGACCCGGACACAGGACAGAGCAGCAACAUCAGGUACUCCAUCGAUCCCCAGUCGGACCCCGAGGCUCUGUUCCGCAUCGCCUCUGACACGGGCUCCAUCAGCACGGUGAUGGAGUUGGACCGUGAGCAGGAGCAGUGGCACAAUAUCACUGUCAUCGCCACGCAGAGGGACAACCCAAAUCUUGUGUCGAGGGCUGUGGUUGCCAUAGAGACACUAGACCAGAAUGACAAUGCGCCGGAGUUGGACAGACAGUACGCAACAUCAGUGUGUGACUCCAGUGCCCCCGGUCAGGUGGUCCAGGUCCUGCGAGCCAUCGACAGGGACCAGGGAGGGCAGGACACCCCGAUCCACUUCAGCAUCCCUCCCGAGUCCAGCUCUGCCCUCAACCUCACCAUCAGGGAAACUGGAGGUGUGACAGCCAGCCUGGUUCUCCAGUCGGCCUUGGAGCCCCUCCCCGGCUUCUCCUCGUCUCUGCUCACGCUGUACGUGCCGGUUGUGCUGCGCGAUGGAGCCUCGGGUCUGACCAACACCGGCACGGUCACCGUGACCAUUUGCCCCUGCCUGCGAGGGGGAAUGCAGACGGAGGACAGGGGCCGACAGAGGGACAGGAGAUGGGAGAGACACAUGGUUUGUCUGCCCGUGCAGUCCACCUCUCCGUCUCUCAUAUUCAGCCUGGUCACAUUACUGGCCAUGCUGGCCUGUGUCACAACUCUGCUGGUGGUGUGUGCACUCUCGCUGUCAUUGCGGCAUCAAAAGCGGGACUCCCACUCACCCUUCGAGGAGGAUGAUGUCAGGGAGAACAUCAUAUCCUACGAUGACGAGGGGGGAGGGGAGGCAGACACUGCGGCUUUCGACAUCACGGCGCUACAGAGCAUGCACCGAAUACAGCACAUGCACAGCAACAGGAACAUAUGGUACACGCAGCAGAAUCCGCCGAGGGCCAGGACGUACAGCUGGAGCCGUCACCCGCGCCCCGUUCUGGACCCUCAGCAGCGUCCGGGCUCCGCGCCGCUCUACGGACGCCUCUGCUACGGCAUCCACACCCUGCCUGUUCUCAGAGAUUAUCCGGCCGGCCCACUGGAGGCGGGCCUGCAGCUAACUCAGCUGACCCACGGGCUCACCGGAGGUCAAUUCGGCAAUUCCCUCAUCAUCCAGAACCAGAGCACCUUUGAGCCGCUGCCGCGCUCUCCCGAGAUGAGCCCCGGUGGUUUUGAGGCAGAGCACAUUCUGGCAAAGAGCAAAAUUGCAACCAGAAACGAAGGCAGCGAAGCCGACGCAGCCGGCUCGAAGGAGAAUCAGGAGCAGGGAAAGAUGAUCCGAGCGGAAACCGAGCCGGCGCCAGGCCGCGCCGCCACGGAUCUGACCUACUGUGACCCCGCUGAGUCUUCAUGCCACAGUCACACCAGCUUCUCAUCAAACCAGCAAGAGGGGCGGCCGGGGUCAUCCCAGACUCAGAUCAGCACCGAAGCCACCAGCUGCACAGCGGACGACAUCGACACUGACUCCUCCAUUCCCUCCGUGUCAGAGCGAAAUUACCCCGGUGGCGGUCAGAUGGGCUGCGUGAACGCCCCCGUCUACCUGAAGGGGGACACGUACAGCAUCGUGGGCUCGCUGAACCCGAACAGCAGAGCGAUGUGUGUGAACGGGACGAGCGGCGGCGGGCUGUACGCGGCGGGGACGCAGCUACUGAACAUGCGCGCACUCCAGAGAAAGGAUUUGACCCCGCAGUCUCUGACCUUACCUAGGGGUAUGUUUGGUAACAGCAGAGUCCGGACGUGUGGCGCGGAGCCUCCGGGAACGGCGGCUACCAAACCGCAGCCCCUGGGCAUGGAAGAGCUUUUGAACAUCCGUCUGGAUCAGGUCACCUUUGACCUGUCGCAGCCGCCCUAUGACUCACUGCAGACUUAUGAAUUCGAGGGCCGCGACUCAAGGGCAGAGUCUCUGAGUUCGCUGGAGAGCGACGGAGAGAAGGACAACGGGAGAGUGGUGGGAGGGAUGGACGAGCUGAACCAGAAGUUUCAGAGGCUGGUGGAGAUCAUCCAAGAGAGGGAGAAGGAGAAGGAAGGCGGAGAAACGCGCGCGGCGUCAACGGAGGGAGGUGAGGUUGCGGGGGACACUCUCAACGAGGUUCAUAAACAAGAUGAGGACAAAGGAAAAAAGCAGCAGAAGUGGGAUUUCUAGACUACAAUAAAAUAAAAUGAAAAGUUUGAGAGGAGAACUCUCUUGACACUGAUGGAUUUUAAACACAGCAGGGGCGGCAAAAUACACAGCCUCUGACAGAAAUCUUCUUGUUGUUCCCCCCUGCCAGGAAAAUUCCAGGAAGCUGACAGUAUAGCGAAGAUUUGUGGUGCAAUCAGUGCACGGCACAUCGUUUUCACCUUCACUGUGUUUAGAAACCGCAUAUGGGAACUGUCACUUUUAACACCGCUGUUGUAACCGACGUUAAUAAUGCACUCGGGCUUUCAAAGCUAAGUUAUGAAAAAUUAAAAAAAAAAAAAUUGAAAUAUUGAUUCAAAGCCCUGAAAGCUGCAUUGUUGGAAAAUAGGCCUCAUUAAACAUUGACUGGAAUUGUAAUAUUUAAUAUUGAUAGUUUAAUGGAGGCGCGCUCACUUAUAGAAAAAUUUGGAAUUUCAAGGAGAACUGGGGAAUUUUUAAACGUAACACAAGCGUACGGUACCAUGAUGUAUGUCUACACUGCCAUGUGUUCACAGAACCUCUGCAAUGAGACGUCCUGUAGCUCCUUAGAGAGAGAACAAGUCCUGCAAGUUGUCGUAAUUAUGGUCAAAAAAGAAAAAGAUCAAAAAAAAUGCUCACUAUGCAAUUUGCACACGGAAACAAUUAGACUGUAAUUGUCAAAGAUUUGUGUACUGUUGUGAAGGUACAGUAAAUAAUGUCCAUAUGUAGAUAAA